AUGCGCCUCAGGAACCGAGAUUGGAACGCCUGUAUUUUCUCGGGUCUUGUAUGCCAGGCUCAACUUCGAUUUCGGACCAGUAAGCCAGCUAAUACGCCUGGCCGUGUUUUGGAGUUUGGCUCUGACCUGCGAAAGAUCCUUCAACGUUAUAUGACCCGUCUUAACGAACUGCAGGACGAGCUGAAGCGCAAAGAGCUUGAAAAUAAAUUAAGGGAACUCGAAUUACUGCAGUCCGAACUGGCGCGUCGACAGGACCGGCAGAACGAGGAGGCCUCCGCCGGUGGCCUCACCAAGGAGCAGCGCCAGAAGGUGCAGCGCAAGGUUCUCGGCUCCUGUAUGCGGAAACUGGACGGUUUGGUGUGCGAAUUUGCACGUCGCGAGGCGCGACUCAACGGUGAAAGGGGUCGCCCCUCCGAGUCUGAGAAUCUGCCACAUCCACCCAUACUGGAGGAGUAUACAGUGGCCUUUUGCCAAGUCGAUGAAGGUGGCCGAGAGCUGUUGGAGUCGGCUCUGGCCGCCCGCAGGUGCGCCUAUGUCCCUUACAGCCAAUUUAAGGUGGGUGCCGCUUUCCGGGCCAAGUGCGGCAGGAUCUACACGGGCUGCAACAUCGAGAAUGCGGCCUUCACUACGGCCAACUGUGCGGAGCGAUGUGCUCUGGCCAAGGGCAUUAGCGAGGGUGAAAUGAAGUACACGGCAGGUGCUGUGGUGGCCUAUCAUCCGGAUGGCUUUACCACGCCCUGCGGCGUGUGCCGUCAGUUUAUCCGUGAGUUUGCCUACAAGGAUUUUCCCAUCUACAUAGCCAAGGCCCAGCCACCGGAGAUGGAGGGCAGUAUUCCGGCAAUCCAGGACACUGAUGAGGUGCUAGUCACAUCGGCCUACAACCUUCUGCCUUAUAGUUAUAGCACAUUCAACUGAACUUAGAGAAGAUUGUUUUUAAACUCAUUCUGGCUAUUAGACAGGGACUGCUUUUAAUAAAUUUUCGGCAACGCUAUAAAGCCUC